CGCCUCUUGCCGUCUUUUCUUGAGAUCAGCUUCAACCUUGGGCCUCGCCGGCGAUUGGAACACCACCGCGUCCCAUUUCAAUCGGCUGCGAAAUUAAACCGGCGGUUGCCUCAUCGGAUGCAGCUUACCGUGAGGAAGCUCCUCGACUGGAUCCGCAAGACAGGAGAGUCCCUUCGCCCUUCCCGCUUCUUUCUCCAUAGAGUUCCAAUUGGGUUCCAGGAAAGCCUCUGUCUUUACAGUAGCGUUAAGCCCAAGUACUUGAUGGCGGGUUACAAUCCACCGAGGUGGUGCUAGCCCUGUCAUGAUCUUGCAACAAGAAACCAACAAGAAAUCAACCAGGAUCUUACUAUUUUGAAUAUGAUUCCCAAGAGCAAUGCGCCUACUAUGUUUGCAAUCAGAAGGACUCAACUUCCGUGUUCCGUUGUCUCUAUCUUCCUCGCCUUCGUAACUGUUUCCCUUUUCUCUAUUUUGUUCCACUUUUACUCAACCCCAUCCCAGUCCCAGCUGUUUCUAGAAUCAAAAACCCAUAUUAACACUGCCCAAACAUCCCUCAACGUCUAUGUAGUAAACCUGCCUAGAUCUCUCAACUAUGGACUCUUGGACAAAUAUUGGGCUUCCUCUGUACCUGAUGCACGCAUUAGCUCUGAUCCGGAUCACCCCAAGGACCAAACAAAGACCGUGUCUUUCCACAAAGGCACCAAAUUUCCUCCAUAUCCGGAGAAUCCAGUAAUCAAACAGUACAGUGCUGAGUACUGGCUCUUGGGGGACUUGAUGACACCAGAAGCUUCAAGGACAAACUCAUUUGUCAAAAGGGUGUUUGACGAGAGCAAGGCUGAUGUCUUCUUUGUGCCCUUCUUUGCCACAUUGAGUGCAGAAAUGGAGCUUGCAAGGGGGAAGGGCACGUUUAAGAAGAAGGAAGGCAAUGAGGAUUACCAAAGGCAGAAGGAGACACUUGAUUUUGUUAUGAACUCAGAGGCAUGGAAGCGAUCUGGGGGUAGAGAUCAUGUUUUCAUUAUUACAGGGUAUUGCAGACCCAGUAGCUAUGUGGCAUGUGAAAGCCGAGAUAGCCCCCGCUGUUCUCCUGGUUGUUGAUUUUGGUGGCUGGUACAGGCUUGACAGGAAAUCAUCAAAUGGCAGCUUGACAGAACGGGUUCAGCAUACUCAAGUUUCUCUUAUCAAAGAUGUGAUAGUUCCUUACACACAUCUACUUCCUCCAUUGCCCUUAUCCGAAAAUACAAAGCGUCACACUCUCCUAUAUUUCAAAGGAGCCAAGCAUCGGCAAAGGGGAGGCAUAAUUCGAGAAAAAUUGUGGGAGUUGCUGGUUAACGAGCCUGGGGUGAUUAUGGAAGAAGGCUUUCCUAAUGCAACCGGCAGGGAGCAAUCAAUCAGAGGGAUGAGAACAUCAGAGUUCUGUCUUCACCCAGCUGGAGACACCCCAACUUCUUGCCGGCUUUUCGAUGCCAUCCAAAGCCUAUGCAUACCGGUCAUAGUCAGUGACAGCAUCGAGCUUCCGUUUGAAGGGAUCGUGGAUUACUCCGGUUUCUCCAUCUUUGUAGCAACCAGCGACGCCUUGACGCCAAACUGGCUCCUGCAGCACCUGCAAAGCAUCUCCGAGAGACAGAAGGCCAGAUUUCGUCAGAAGAUGUCUAUGGUUCAGCCGAUGUUUUGGUUCGACAAUGGCCAUCCUGGUGGCAUCGGACCUGUUCACCCGGAUGGUGCGGUGAACCACAUAUGGAGGAAGGUGCACCAAAAGUUGCCCAUGAUUAAGGAAGCCAGUGUUAGGGAGAAGAGGAGACCGCCCGGUGUCUCUGUUCCUUUGCGUUGUCAAUGUACUUAGAUUGAAUUGCCUUGCCUUCACAAGCUAGGCAGAACCAUCAGAUAGAACCAUAUCCCUUUCAACAAGCACUGCAAAAAGCUGUAUUAUUAAAACGAGCAAAGCGUCCAGUUGCCGGCAACAAACAGAGCAAACGCAGAAGGCAAAAGACGAACCUCCGCCGCCGCCGCCGCCGCCGCAGCUCACCGACUGCGUUUUCCCUCGCGCAAAAGCCUAUCGCUGCAUUCUGUUGUUUGGCAGCAGCUAACUAUGGCCAAGUUGCGGGCUCUUGUCCUUCUUCUUCUCGCUGUUUUAGCUUCUUCCACAGCCGCCAGGUUGAUUUCCAGGACGAACAAAGAUGGAUCGGAAGCCUGGGGAUACGAAAAUGUCCGACCCAAAGCUCAUAUGUUCUGGUGGCUGUACAAGAGUCCGUACAGAGUUGAAGAUCCAUCAAAGCCAUGGCCAACCAUUCUAUGGCUCCAAGGAGGACCCGGAGCUUCAGGAGUAGCGAUUGGGAAUUUCCAGGAAGUCGGCCCGCUGGACACCAAUCUCAAGCCCAGGAACUCAACCUGGCUCGGCGUCGCCGAUCUGCUCUUCGUGGAUUCGCCGGUGGGGACGGGUUACAGUUUCGUGGAAGAAAAUGAGGCGCUGGUGAAGACCGACGUCGAAGCAGCCUCCGAUUUGACGGUGCUGUUACAGAACUUGUAUAACAGAGACGAGAAGCUACAGCAGAGUCCUCUGUACAUCGUGGCGGAAUCCUACGGCGGCAAAUUCGCCGUCACGUUGGGAUUGUCUGCGCUGAAAGCCAUUGAUUCCGGGAAGCUGAAGGCCAAGCUCGGUGGAAUAGCUCUGGGAGACAGCUGGAUUUCCCCUGAAGAUUUCGUGCUCUCUUGGGGUCCCCUGUUGGGCUCUGUUUCUCGACUCGACACCAAUGGCGUCAAAUUAGUCAACAAAUUGGCGGAGGGGAUAAAGCAGCAGAUUAGCGAGGGGAAGUUCUUGGAAGCAACAGAUUCAUGGGGUCGUCUAGAAGAGGUGGUUUCUGAUUACUCCAACAAUGUGGAUUUCUACAAUUUCAUGCUGGAUUCCGAUAUGGAUCCGGUGUCGAUGGUGACAACAACGACGACUGCAGCCACGACGACGGCGGGGCUUCUGCUGGGGAGGACGAGGAGGAGCUAUGCCAGAUAUCUGAGCUCGCUGGGGGAAGAUGGAGUCGACAUUGAAACCUUAAUGAAUGGUGUCAUCAAGAAGAAGCUUGGGAUCAUCCCUGAAAAGCUUCAAUGGGGAGAGCAGUCGGGGUCUGUUUUCAAUAGCAUGGCUGCUGAUUUUAUGAACCCUAGGAUUAACGAGGUGGAUCAACUUUUGGCCAAAGGUGUCAAUGUGACUAUAUAUAAUGGCCAGCUGGACGUAAUCUGUGCAACAAAAGGGACAGAGGCAUGGGUUCAGAAGCUCAAGUGGAAAGGGCUUUCUAACUUCACAGCAACGAGGAGAACUGCUCUGUACUGCGGCAAAGGUGGAACGAAAGGGCUCUUCAAAUCCUACAAGAACCUUCACUUCUAUUGGAUCCUUGGAGCCGGCCAUUUCAUUCCAGUGGACCAACCCUGUGUUGCGCUGAACAUGGCUCGUGAGAUUAUGCAGUCGCCGGCCUCUCCUGUGCUCGGAGAUGGAGUCCCAAUCCGCACUCUGUAGGGGAAGUGAUGGGAUCUUGCAAAAGGGGAGACAAAUUGUAGAUAAGAAGAUGAGAACUUCCAAGAGGGGGAAGAUGAAGGAGCUGAUAACAGCACUCAGGAUUAAUGCAGAGGGUUUGAUUAUUUUGAAACAUAAUGCAAUGGAGGUGCAUGCCCUUCAAUUCUUGAAUAGAAUAGCCACUCAUCAGAUUGCUUCUAUGGAUGAAUCAUUCGUUAAGGAUUCAAAUUUCGAUACAAAACAUGCU